GGCUCUAACAACUCGCACAACCACAUCGCGUUCGCACCCAGAAAACACAAAGGAACUACAUACGGGCAUACAUGCGAUCAUCCAUACACACAUAGUAAGAGUUCCCUAUAUAAAGUUCGUUCUGUGUGCCUGCGAGGUUAAAAUUGCAAAAUGUGGCGCUCGCUUGUGGCGCUUCUGCUCCUGAGUGCGGUGUGCUGGGGCUCGGAACUCUUUCGGGAGGGCCUGCGGACCCCGGAAACGAUGGCCUACAUAAACGGACUCGUGCAGCAGCAGCAGCGGCAGCAGCAGCAGCAGCAGCAGCAGCAGGAGAUGCGGCGUCAGGAGUCGCAGCACAUCGAGCCGAUACCACUGCCACCUGUGGCGCACCUCCAGUCGCCCGGCCUGGUGAACGGCCUUGUGCACGGCCUUGGCGACCAGAACGACCCCGUGCUGAAUCGCAUAUCAGGCGCUCCGGGGUCGCAGCCGCUUCCGGCUGCCCAAUCCGGCGGCAACGUGGAUCUGGCCACCUCCGAUAGGAUUGCGAGCAGUGUGCUGAACUUUGGCAACAUUCUGGGCCAGCACCUGGCCAGCGGUAAAACCGAGAUAUUCUCCCCCCUGAGCAUCGUGUACUCGCUGGCCCUGCUGCUCCUGGGCGCCAAGGGACGCAGUUACGAGGAGCUGUCCGCGGUGUUCGGUACCUCGGACACGGCCAGGCUGCACGAGCAGUUCGGCCUGAUGCUGCAGGACCUGCAACAGCCCACCAGGGAGGCGGUCUCGCCGGGACGACCCCUGACCAACUGGCGGGCCAGCAGCCCCAUGAGAUCCAAUCGACGGGCCCAGCGACCGGGUGCUCAUGAGGUGCACCUGGCCAACGGCCUGUUCACACAGACCGGCUACUCACUCAACCCUGACUACAGACGGGUGAUCGCCGAGGUCUACGCCUCGGAUCUGGAGGUUCAGGAUUUCGAGGGCAAUCCGGCGACAGCACGUUACAACAUCAACGCCUGGGUGGCGAAGCACACGAAGAACCACAUCGAGAACAUCAUCUCCAGCGAUAUUCCGCAGAGCACCAGGAUGAUCCUGGCCAACGCGUUGUACUUCAAGGCAUUCUGGGAAACGGACUUCAUAGAGUCGGCCACGCGGCCGGAUAACUUCUAUCCCAAUGGAGAGGGAACUGAGCCGGCUAUAAGGGUGCAGAUGAUGGCCACUGGAGGCGCGUAUCCGUACCACGAGGAUCACGAUAUGGGCUGCAAGAUCAUUGGGCUGCCUUACAGGGGAAAUCUGAGCACCAUGUACAUCAUCCAGCCCUUUAAGUCCUCGGUGAGGGAGCUAACGGCACUGCAGAAACGCUUGACGGCGGAUAAUAUCGAGGACAUGAUCAGCAGGAUGUACAGACGGGCAGCCGUGGUGGCAUUCCCAAAGAUGCAUCUCACAGAGUCGGUGAACCUGAAGACAGUCAUGCAGAAAAUGGGGCUGGGCGGCAUCUUCAGCGUGGUGCAGAAUGAUCUCUCGUUGAUCGCCACCAACGAGGCCGCGAGGACGAAUUCGCUGGGCGGGAACAGCCUGCAGAAUCUGGAGGCACAGCGCAGAGCCGGAGCGGGAGGAGCACGCUCCGAUUUGGUGGUGGAUGACAUUGUCCACAAAGUGGACUUCACCGUCAACGAGCAGGGCACGGAGGCGGCGGCGUCUUCGGUCACGUACCUUAAGAAAUCCGGUCCCGAUGUCGUUUUCCGGGGGGACACUCCAUUCAUGGUACUUGUGCGCCACGAUCCCACGAAACUGGUGCUCUUCUACGGCCUUAUAAAUGAGCCUCCAGCGGCUGCUUAGACUCAAGGACCCUAAGUUAUUAAGCGUUAGUACCUAAGUUCGUUGACUUUAUAGUUAGGAGACUACUAAAUCAUUUUUAAUGAUGAGUAAUAAAUUAAACCGUAGAA